AGCAGGUGCUAACCCGAAGUAUAUACAGCCUCUGCUUCUAUUUUUCCCCGUAGGCUUUACGUUCAUUUCUAUGUUUUCAUUCUACCUUUUCCGCCUUUUUGGCCGUCUCCGUAAGUAGUAGUUGAUUGUUGCGUUUACUUUGUCCUGUCCGUCGUUUGUCGUUUGUCUUUUCUGCACGACCAACAGAGCUAUGUUGACAUGAAAAGACAAGAAGAGAAGUUUCUCUAGAUCUGUCUGCGUCUAGAUUCGUGAUGAAUGCGUUCAAGUUGUGCACGUGGGUAGGGCGGGUCGCCUUCUUGUUCUGGAGCAGUACGAUUUGGUCGUCCAGAAUCGGAGAGACGCAGGACAACGAACAAUACCAGGACCAUGCCCACAGGACGCAAACGAGCCCGGGGACAUCAAGCGGACCGCACCACCCGCACGACCGAGUGCGACUGACUGCCGCUUGGCCGAACUCCGUUCAGAAGAUGCCAUCUUCACCGGUAAUCACAGGUGCGUUCGCGAUGGUAGUCACGACAAACACACCAUCCUCGUCUCUGCGACAAGUGGAAGCAAAGCGCACCGGCAGAUCCACUCGGUCGCGACCUUUCUCAUUUCUAGCUUCGCGAAAAAGUACGAGGAGGCAGUCACGCCCACCGCGGAGUCGGGAACUAGAGUCCGUGCGAGAAAAAAGUAAAGAUCGCUUCCACAGCAUUCGCGGCCCAGAAAAGAAACCUCUUUUGGGCCUGAGGAGGGGACUGGAGCCCCCCUUGACGGAAGUAGACAUCGGAAGAACAAGUAGCAGCCACAGAAGCGAUGAUGAUAUGAUUGAACUGCAGCUGCAAAAGGCCCCCUCGUUUGUCUCACUGUCUUCAUCCGGUGGCGCAAAUACGAAUGCAGCCUGCAGUAUUCAUCCAAACUGUGUGAGUGCCGGCUUCACCGAGGGUAACUGUUGCCCAACCGACGGCGCAAACGGGAUGGAACUGAAAUGUUGCAGCGUGGAACUUCUCGUUGGCGACCCCGACGUGCUGUGCAGUGCGCACCCAAAGUGCGCAGGCCUUAGGGGGAGGUGCUGCCCCACCGAAGAAGGUGUGCGACUCGGCUGCUGCGGGCCCAAGACGGAAGUUAGUGCAAACGUUGGGGUGAAAUUACCUACACCUAUUGUUGCACUUUUUCCCGGACAAGUAAUCGACACUGUUCCUGCUGUAAAAGUUGGUGCUCCCGAAGAGUUAUCUCCAUCACUCUCGCCCACCACCGCAUGGUGGGCUUGGCUGAGCAAGCUAGACGACACGAGCCCCUCCACUGCUGGUGGUUGCGCGUGCAGCAACGGCUAUGUUGACACGGCUGGUGGCAGGUGUUCCUUUGAGGGGCAGCAGCACUGCUCGAGCUGCGUGCCCGGUUUUGCGCCGCGCGCCGACUGGCCGCAGCGCGGGGAGCGAGGGUGCCACCCUAUUUGCGGCGAGUGUCCCGACGACCGGGUGGACCAAGAGGCUGGGGCUGUUGUAGUGAAGAAGUAUUUGCAGCUGCACGGUCCAGCGGAGUUUUGUCCGAAUAUAUUGCCCGCCGACAUGAGCGACCUCGUCUUGUCCGCCGGGGUAAAAAGAAGAGAGGACGUGAGGACUCUGUGCGCGCGGGUCUGUUGCGAGGAGAACCAGCACACUAGAGACAGCACGCUAGAGACAGCGCGAGCUUUGAAAAGUAGUAGUGACGAGGUGGUUUACAACGAGAACCACCAGGAGGAUCAAAAUGGGAACGGGGAAGCAAAUAAUAAGCACGGACAAGAAGAGGAGGAACAGCAACUAGGCGGGGGCCGCCAUGCAGACGAGAGCCCCCCAAACAAAGGCGAUGUCGAUCAGAGUUGUAGUAGUACGUGCAUCGGACUGGUGCUGGGCGUAUCGCUCGCGAUAGUUGUGUUUCUCGCGGUGGGCGUCAUUGUGUACAACGCGUCUGUGAGCAACGAGGAAGUGCAUCCACACGUAAGAUCUGCGUCCAGCGGGCCCGUAGGAUCCUCACAAAAAGCCGCAGCAGUUGUCAGCGCAGCGUCCUCGUUUACGAAGCUUCCUGAUCACGAGGAGGAUAAAAAGAAGCAUCAUCGCGCCUCUUGGGGCCGCGGUAGCAACACGGCGGAGGAGAGACUCGUGCAGGAGGGUAGCGCCGCAAAACCGCCAAGCACCGAGCGGCCGUCAAAUAAAGACCGGAUUGGCAGCUCUGUGAUCUUGGAUGGACGCGAUAACGCACAGCAUUCGAUCGGCGGGACCGGGACCGACGACGAAGCAGUCCCGGGCAGCAUAAAAUUUUUCGGAUUUGGUUCGCAAUCGGGCGCUUGCCUGCAACAAGCGAGCAUAGGAGGGGUAGCUGCGAAACGCGACAAUCAAUCAUCUUCUGCUGCAGAGCCGCCUCAAGAAACUCCGCAGCGCGACAGACAGUCUGCCGCGGAGGAGGCACCUGCUCAAGAAACUCCGAAGCGCGAAAGUCAAUCUGCCGCCGACCCGCCACAAGAAACUCCUAAGCGCGACAGUCACGACGCUGCUGCAGAGGACUCGGAAGAUCUUGAGACCUUGACAGAGUAGGAGGGUCGACAGCUUAUUCACAUUGAAGGGGUCUUUACGUUUUUUAUCAGGACUGCUCGUCUUCAUCGAUCUCAGAGCUCCAGACAGAUCAACCCCAGAAAGUCUAUACUUUGGCCUUGUCCGCGUUUCCGGCUCCCAAUGGAAAUAAAAUGUAUAAUCAGUUCGUCACGAUGGAAUGAUGAUCAUGAUGACGUAGAAUGUGAAUUGGUAUUUGCAUGACUACAUCUCGAGCGCGAUAUGCCGUCAAUUAG